AUGUUCGAACCGUCCCAGGAACCACGGACCGUGAACCUCAUUUCGGUUCGGUCCGUCCAAAAUGGGAAACCGUGGACCGAACCAUGGACAAACCUGACCAUUGGUCAGUCCGGUGCACUGAUAUUCAAGCUCAAGAAGAAGCAAAGUCAUGCGGACAUGCUUGAUGAUGAUUCCGACACCGCAGAACCUCAGUUCAGGGGGAAAUUAGUAGAUAUUGAGCUGAAGAAGCGGAAAAAUACCAAUGGUAAAACAGUUGGCCGACCACGUACUAACAUGCUUGAAAAGGAUACGUUCGCAGUGCAAUCCUAUAUAACCUGCUCUCUCUCAAAAUCAAGGUCCCUCGCAUUCCUUCAACAGUUGCACCAGAUAUCCUCACAUCGCCAACUUACAUCUGAGUUUUCAAGUACCCUCAAAAUUGUUGUUGAAGCCGAGUUCAAAUCCCAGCACAACCCCACUCUCAAAGGAAAAACGGCUGCUGACGUUCGUGAAGCUUUUGUGCGCCAGUUUGAGUGCUAUGUAAAAGGACAGUACCCUUUCGAUGUGAUGGUGGAUGCUGGUCAGGGCAUCCUCUCAUACUGGACUCACUUAACGAAGAUACCUGAAGGUUGCAUACUCGCGUGUAUCGCAGAAAAAAUUUAUUCAAUCAAGCCCUCAUCUAUACCCGAGGAACAAACAAUGUCAGUAUUCACAAGGAUGAAUACAGCGGCCAGGAACCGUCAACAUGUCCGGACACUGGUGGACAUGACUCAGAUUCGACAAUGGCAUAUGUAUGAUCCAAAGAAGAUGGUUGAAAGACGGCACCCAGACAUUUCAUUCGGCAAUCUCGACUCCAUCAUUUCAACAGGGCCCAAAGAACCAGCUGCUCAUCAAAGCCACGAGCCCACUGGCAGCUAUCUAUCUGUGGGCACAGAUGAGGAGGAAGAAAUUCUCGAAGACGAAAAGGACACAUGGCUCGAUGAGAAGCUAGCAGCCGAACCAGCACAGGAUUCAGCCUUCGACAUCGAAGUAGAUGCAAACCUUCGUGCACCAAUUGUCACCAAAGCAUUGUCUGAUGAAUGCAAGGAAAGUCCUAUCAACGGCCUGGGUGGUGAUGCUACUGAGGAUGAUGCUGACCUAGAGGACAAGGACACUGAGUGGGGUGGAAAAUUUUGGUAG